UCAGUCUUGCACAGGUGUCUUGGCUCCUCCCCUUCAGUCUUGCACAGGUGUCCCGGCUCCUCCCCUUCAGUCUUGCACAGGUGUACCGGCUCCUCCCCUUCAGUCUUGCACAGGUGUACCGGCUCCUCCCCUUCAGUCUUGCACAGGUGUACCGGCUCCUCCCCUUCAGUCUUGCACAGGUGUACCGGCUCCUCCCCUUCAGUCUUGCACAGGUGUACCGGCUCCUCCCCUUCAGUCUUGCCCAGGUGUACUGGCUCCUCCCCUUCAGUCUUGCCCAGGUGUACCGGCUCCUCCCCUUCAGUCUUGCACAGGUGUAUCGGCUCCUCCCCUUCAGUCUUGCCCAGGUGUACUGGCUCCUCCCCUUCAGUCUUGCCCAGGUGUACCGGCUCCUCCCCUUCAGUCUUGCCCAGGUGUACCGGCUCCUCCCCUUCAGUCUUGCCCAGGUGUACCGGCUCCUCCCCUUCAGUCUUGCCCAGGUGUAUCGGCUCCUCCCCUUCAGUCUUGCCCAGGUGUACCGGCUCCUCCCCUUCAGUCUUGCCCAGGUGUACCGGCUCCUCCCCUUCAGUCUUGCCCAGGUGUACCGGCUCCUCCCCUUCAGUC